CGACACAGAAAUCCAUUGCAAAAUCUAGAUAUAUCAUCGUAAAUUACAAAUAAUUUGUGACAACGAAAUGGCGUCACUGUGACAGUAUUCAUCGUUAUUUAAAAAGUAGGGAAAUAUCGGGAAAUUUUGGGGAAAAUUUUUGUCAUUCCCAUUUAGUCGCAUAAUUUGCUUCAUCUUGUUGAUAAACAAAAAGUGUAAGCUGUUCCAGAUAACCAUGGCUCAGAGUUAUUCUGAAAUAUUCUCUGUGUUCCAAAAGUAUAUGGAAGAUGAAGACAACUUACGUGAAGCUAUUAGAGUUAUCGUCAAAGAAAUUGAACAAACUAGUCGGGAAAUUAUAACUUUACUUCAAGGUGUUCACAAAGCUAAAGGUUUAUCGCAGAUACCUACACUGUGCCAAAAAGCUCGUGAACAUUUUUUAACAGUUAAAAACCAGUAUGCAGUCUUACAAGAAAAAGUUCCUGUUGAUGAAUAUUAUAGGUAUCAUGAACAUUGGAGAUUUGUUACACAGAGACUGAUUUUCUCUGCUGCCACUUAUGUUUAUUGAAUCUGGGAAUCUUCUGAAGAGAAGCGCUGCUGCGCUGCGAGUCGUAUUUUGAUUAGUGCUAAUCCAACUGACCAGUUUCAUGUAGAAUUAGAUGAUUACUUGUUAGGACUUUUGCUGUUAGCCGAUGAAUUGACACGUUUUUCUUUGAAUUGUGCAACAUAUGGAGAUUACAGUCGACCUGUACAGAUUUCAGAAUUUGUUUCUGAAAUGAAUGUUGGUUUCCGCCUAUUGAACUUGAAAAAUGAUCUUCUGAGAAAGAAGUUUGAUGGGUUGAAGUACAACCUUAAAAAAGUUGAGGAAGUUGUAUAUGAUUUAUCCAUUCGAGGUCUGAAACCAAAUGGGGAAAGUAUAUCAGUUUCCCAAACUUAAGAAAGAAGACUGCGUCCUGAUUUCCUAUGAAAUAAUUUUUAACUUGUGAAUUUGCAGUUGUAAUGCCGUAAUGUAACAAGAUUGUCAUUUUGUAUUUCUUUCCUUUUUGUAUUAAAAGAAUGUAUAUAUGUUAAUUUUGCAUUGUUCUUUGUAAAAAUAUUAUCAUUGUGAUAAGCAGACAAACAUUGCAGGUAUGUAAAUGUUUUCCAUCAUCAUAAAACAUAGGAUGAUUAGUGUUUGAGACAAAUAAUGUUAAAUUUCCUAAACUGUUAUAUAUACGUAUAGAAGCAAAAGUACAAAUUGCUUUCUAAUUGUAAAAUAAUUUAUAACCAUAUAUUGUAGCUUCAGAGUUCAAUCUUUCUGUUAUUUUAUCGAUUACUAAACAUCAGGACAACUUUUAAUUAAAUUUUAUAUUCUAGUUGAGUCAGUGUCAAAGAUACAACAGAUUAAUAUGGAAAUCUUUAAAAAAAUUUGCAUUAACUUCUUAAUUAAUAAUUUAAGUUACAUCUUUUCAAAAAUAUAACUAACCUAUAUCUUGAAUGGGAGAGACGUGUGUUAUUAGCUUUCAUCAGCUUUUAUUAGCUUUAUUAUUCAUAUGCUUUCACUGCUUAUCUGUAUUGCUUGCUUAUACAUUGCUUGUUAUGGUACUGCUUAUCUGUCUUUGACAUUCAAGUGAAUAAAUUUGCUAUUUAUAUAAUA